CUGAGGUGGAAGAGGGAAGAAAAUGGAAAGAGCUAGAGCUCAGUGUUAAUAGAACCUGGGGAGAAACGUUUGUGAUGAAAUUAUACCCAUAUUACGAUGAGAGAUCGGCAUGUCCAGCUUCAGCAUGGAGGAAGGGGUCCAGGCUGUAGGACGUGUCGGAUUAAUAGAAAGAGUUCAGGAGCUGUUAUUUCAGAAUAAUGGAGAUCUUUUCACUCUACUCACAAAUCUGGAUGGGUAGGUUGAAACACAACUGAGAAGAUACAAGAAUCAAAUAACAGAGAUGAAGACAACUAUUCAUACACUAAAGAGACAAAUCCAAAGUCAUUCAGAAGAUGCUCUUAGGAUUGUGCUGCUGGUUAAAACAGGAGUAGGGAAGAGUGUAUCAGGAAACAGCAUCUUAGGAAGAGAAGUUACAUUCAGAGAGGAGGUGUCCCAUAUGUCAGUUACCACACUGUGUCAGAAAGAAACAGCUGAUGUUAAUGGAAGGCAGAUCACUGUGAUUGACACUCCAGGACUGUUUGAUACUGAAGCUGAUAAUAAAGAAGUCAGAAAGGAGAUCACAAAAUGCAUCUCCAUGGCAGCUCCAGGUCCACAUGUGUUUCUGCUGGUGCAGAAAGUGGGACAGAAAUUUUCAGAGGAAGAAAAGGGAGCAGUGAAAAUAAUCCAGGACAUAUAUAGAAUCAGUGACCUACACUAUUUUGUUGUUUACUGGAGGAGACAGUUUUAGAAAGAAAUCCAUUGAAGAUUAUCUUGGAGAACCUGGAUCUGAUAUUAUGAGCCUGGUUGAAAAGACAUGAAGAUCAAAUAAAUAAAAAAGUGAGGAGAGAAUGGGAUGAGAGAUGCAGAAAAGAAAGAGAAGAAUAUGAGUCUAAGACAGAAGAGCUGAAGAGAAAAGUGCAGAAUGAUGAAAGGAGGAGAGCAGAGGAAGAGAAAAAGCGAAGUGAUCUAGAGGAGAGAAUGAAGCUUUCAGAAGAGAAACACAUGAAGGAGCUUGAAGAAUUAAAGCAUCUACAAAAGGAGCUGCAGAUCAGAGUCCAAGAGGAAGAACAAACUAAAGAAAAGCUCAUAGAAAAACAUCAGGAGGAAAUAGAGAGAAUGAGGAAGAGCUCUGAGGAGGAAAUAGACUGAAACAGGAGAUGGAGAGAAAAAGGACUGAAAAGAAAUUGAAAGAGAGAGAGCGACUGAAGAAAAAGAAGGAGGAAAUGGAGAGAAGAAUCAGUACAUCUGAGACAAAAAUAGCACAGUUAAGAGCAGGUAGUGGAGAUCUAAGAAUUGUGCUUCUGGGGAAGACUGGAGCAGGGAAGAGCGCUUCAGGAAACACCAUCCUGGGGAAAAAAGCUUUCAGACAGUUACUGUCCUCUCGAUCAGUUACCAGUGUGUGUCAGAAAGAAUCAGCUGAAGUCAGAGGAAGACAGAUUUCUGUGAUUGACACCCCAGGAUUGUUUGACACAAGUAUUUCUAAUGAAGAGAUUAGGAAGGAAAUUGUUAAAUGCAUCACCAUGGCAGCUCCAUGUCCACACGUCUGUCUACUGAUUAUUUUACUGGGACGCUUCACAAAAGAGGAACAAGAAGCAGUGAAAAUAAUUCAAGAACUGUUUGGUGAAGAAUCCAGAAAAUACACCAUAGUGCUGUUCACCAGAGGAGAUGAUCUGUGGAAAAUGAGCAUUGAAGAAUUCAUUAAAGAUUCUGACUGCAGCUUACAAAAUAUCAUUCACCAGUGUGGUGACAGACACCAUGUGUUCAAUAACAGAAAUCAUGGAGACCACACCCAAGUUACUGAUCUACUGGAUAAGAUCAACUCCUUGGUUGCAGUGAAUGGAGGGAGCUUCUACACUAAUGAGAUGUUCCAGCAGGUAGAGAAUUGGGCUGUGAGUGAAUCUGUGUUUUUAUACUGAUACUAUAUACUGAUUUAUACUGGCCUAAAUGAUUCAGCAGUAAAUUGAGAACAGCCUGAAAUAAGCUCAUUAUCAGGUAUAAAUGUGAAUUUAAUUCUAGAACAUGUUGGGUCAGAUUCAUAAAACGCAGUGCCAGAUUUACUCUGACGUUAAGAGUAAACAGCUUCACUGUAACACAUUUAUUGAUUCAUAAAUGAGGAUCACUGGCUUGUACAUUUACUUUAUUAAAAUUUUCCAGUAGUGAUUUAUUACACAACACAAUUGUGCAGAAAUAACACCUGAAACACUAUUGCAGUACUUUUUCGGUCAUAAGCCAAUCUGCAUUAAAAUAAAUAGUUUUUAAUGUUUCCAAACAGGUUUGUUCACACAUGCAAGUAAUCAACAAAUUCUGCAUGUUCCCUCACUCAGCUGAUUAACCAGAAUAUUAAAAUACGCGUUUUGAUCUGGGUUGAACUGCUGUUGUAGUGCAUGAGCAGGAGUUCAGACUGCUAUAAACUUUUAUCAUAAGAAAUACAAAUGUAGGUGUUACAAAGGAAAACAUGAUCAGAUUCUUGUUAAUAAUGAACUGAAAAACAGCUUUUCUUUUUCUUCUUACUGCGCUAAAUUCCAUGUUUCCUGAAUCCCCCUACUGUGCGUGGUAACCAGGUUUAGCUUGGAAUCCAAAUCAGUGAAGAGUAAUUUGACGUUCAGAUUCAAACUAAUUGAUUUUAUUCAAUUUGCACAUGUGAAAAUGACAAUUAUACU